UCCAUGCUUUAAUCCUUUGUCUCUCGAUACACUAGGGUUUUAAAAAUUCUGUGCUAACAUUUUGAACACAAAUGCAUGAUAAUUUUGUUUCUCUUAGCUUGAUUGCGAGGAUUAGUUUCACCUUACGACUAUGGAUUCGGACGAAGAAGAUUUUGUUUUCAUCGGAACGCCGAUCGAGCGUGAAGAAGAGCUUACAAGCCGUAAGAAGAAAGCGGUCGCUGAGGCAGCAGGCCAGUUGCGAAGUCUCCCGCCAUGGAAGCAAGAGGUGACGGAUGAGGAAGGGCGAAGAAGAUUUCAUGGAGCCUUUACAGGAGGCUUUUCUGCUGGUUACUUCAAUACAGUGGGCACGAAAGAGGGAUGGACUCCACAGACAUUUACAUCAUCACGGAAAAACAGAGCUGAAGUGAAGCAGCAGACCAUAUUUAAUUUCCUAGAUGAGGAUGAGAAAGAAGAAAUGCAAGGCCAUUCCUUGGGAGCGUCUUUGCAGUUUGAUACGUUUGGAUUUACAGCUGCAGAACAUGCUCGUAAACAAGCUGAGAAGGAACAACAGAGGAGGCCAUCAGCUAUUCCUGGACCUGUUCCAGAUGAAAUGGUUCUGCCUGCUACAGAUUCUGUUGGUGUAAAGCUGCUGCUGAAGAUGGGAUGGCGGCAUGGUCAUUCAAUUAGGGAUUCACGUAGAAGCUCUCUGUAUGAUGCUCGUAGAGAAGGCAGAAAAGCAUUGCUGGCACUUUCUGCUGAUGAUACAAAACCCUCAGGUGUCGAGUCUGUGAGUGAUCAUGAAAGUGUCGCUGAGCAGCUUGAUGAUGAUUUACGUGCUUCCGGAAAUACAUCUGUUUUUGUACUUGACCCAAAGCAGGACAUGCAUGGUUUGGGUUAUGAUCCUUUCAAGCAUGCUCCUGAAUUCAGAGAGAGGAAAAGAUUGCGUGUUACUGGAAAUAAAGAAUCUUUAAAUAGGAGGUAUACUUCAAUGAAAGAUAAUCUUUCUGCUUCCAAGUCAGGAAAAAUGGCUCCUGGUUUUGGCAUUGGAGCACUUGAAGAACCUGAUGUAGAAGAUGAAGAUAUCUAUGCUUCUGGUUCAGGUUUUGAUUUUGAAGAGACUUAUGUUCAAGAAGUUGAAGAGCCUGCACUAAUGAUACCUGACAAUAAGAAAAUGCUGGGGAAAAAUGAACAGGGUGUUCUCCCUGGUUUUAAAGUUGCAUCUAAUUCCGACUACAAGACGGAAAGAUUUGAUCCUCCAUCUAUCCCAAAAGACUUUGAACCCCAUCACAAAUUUCCUGCUGCUCUUGAGACCGGAUAUAACCUUGCUGACUUUCCUCCUCCAGAGGUUCCUCCGCCAGAGGAUAAUAACAUGAGGAUACUUAUUGAAGGAUUUGCAACUUUGGUUGCUCGCUGUGGUAAAUUAUUUGAAGAUCUCUCCAAAGAGAAGAAUAAAACAAAUCCAUUAUUUUGCUUCCUUACUGGAGGAAAUGGGCAUGAUUACUAUGCAAGAAAGCUGUGGGAGGAACAGCAGAAGCGUAAAGAUGAGAGAAAGCAACAACUGAUUUUGAAAUCGAUGCCAAAUGUGCAAAAGAUGUCGGCAGAGGUCCGUGGUAAAAUUCUUGGGGAAAAGCCCCUAGAAAGGAGCUCUAGGGAUUCCAGCUCCUCCGUUGUUUCUACGGAUGUUCAGCUCCAGUUCAAUCUUUCUGAUACGUUUAUGAAACCUGCAUCACUUAAUGACAUUCCGGAAUCUGCAAAACCUUUCAGAGAUGAUCCUGCAAAGCAAGAAAGAUUUGAACGGUUUCUUAAGGAAAAGUAUCAAGGUGGCCUUCGUACUAUUGAUUCUGGAGGAUCUAGUAGUAUGUCAGAAUCUGAUCGUGCUCGUGAGAGAUUGGACUUUGAGGCUGCAACUGAGACAAUGGAGAAGGCAGGAUGGAAUAAAGAAACAAAUCUUUCUUCUAGGCAGCAGGUUUUUGACCUCUCAGCAACUACUGGGCUGCAGUUUACAUCUAGGGGAAUGGAGCAAGCCAAGAUUUCUCUGGUUGAAGAGCUGAUGGCAAAGAAAAUGUACCCCAAGCGGGAAGAAUUUCAGUGGCGUCCUUCACCUAUUCUAUGCAAGCGCUUUGAUAUGAUUGAUCCAUUCAUGGGGAAGCCCCCACCAGCUCCAAGGGCCAAGAGCAGGAUGGAAACCCUAAUCUUUACAUCUGAUUCUGUCAAAACCACAACAGCUGAACAGUCUGCUACUGCAAAUAAAGAUACAUUGCCUGUAUCUCAAUCAAAACUUCCAGAGAAAAAUGAAGAAACAAAUAUCGAAGAAGCUGAUGUUGAAAUACACAAUGCAAAUGUUGAGAGGCCUGUUGACUUGUACAAGGCAAUAUUCUCUGAUGAUUCAGAUGAUGAAGGAGAGACUUCUAGUCUGAACCAGGUGGAGAAUUCAGGUGGGAAGAAUGAAGUAGUGGCUAAUACUACUCUAAACCGUUUGAUAGCAGGGGAUUUUCUGGAGUCCUUGGGUAAGGAGCUAGGCUUAGAGGUUCCUCCUGAUCCAAGUUACUCAACAAACAGGGCCAGCACCUCAGCUUCUCUUAAAGAAUCCUCGAGUAAAAGUGCAGGGGAUUUUAAAAUCCGGCCAGUUGGUGAUACACCUUCAGUCCCUAUAUCUCAAAAUGGUUCUUUAUUCGUUCAGGAGGUUGCACAUGGUAAGUCAAGCCAUCUGGAUACUACCAAAGACGGCAGGUCUGAUGGAAAUGAACUUGUCCAUGGUAAUCGACAAAGUGGUGACAGCAAAGUAACUGGUGCUGACCAUCCUGAAAACAGCAGUGACAAACUUAAAAUGGAAAAGAUGGUAGCAGAUAAUGACAGGACUAGAACAGGCUCCAUACAGCACAAGCGCCGGAGCAGCAGUGCAUCAUCGGAUGAUGAAAAGCAUAGAAGACACUCAAGACGGCACCAGAAUCGGAGCAGCAAUGCAUCUUCAGAAGAUGAAAAGAAUAGAAGGCACUUCAAACGGCGCCAGGGUGAUACAUCGUCAGAAGAUGAGAGAUUUAUAACACAAUCUAAACGAAAGCAUAGUAGGAACAGUGCUUCAGAUAGUGACUCUUAUGAAGAUCUUAGAAAUCAUGACCGUUCAAGAUCAAAAGAGAAAAGAGGUUCUUCUGGGGCAAAGAGUAGUAGUGGUAGAAUUAGAAAACGCUCAAAGCACCGAACUGACAGAACCGACUCUCCUAGUAGGUCUCAUCAUGGCACCAAGAAGGAUCGCGCAGAGUCCAAGAGAGAUAGGAAGAAAUCAAGGGACCAAGGGAGACAUUCAGGUUCUUCAAAAUCUGAUUCCCACAGGAAAUAUCAUUGAGGAAGAAGAAACAUAUAAUUUUCAAUUCUGUUUUUGAAGUUAUGAAAUUUUCUCGACUGGAGAUUGGUUCUCAAGUUAAUUACCUCUUCGGAAUUGGGUUUAAUGGUUUGAAGUGCUACUCUCGGUUGAUGAGAAUUAUUAUUUCCAGCAUCUUCUGGUAAGGCCCCUUCUUGAAAUCGAACUGCCACAUGAAUAUGUGAGAUUCAUCUGGUUUCAGCUUUCA